CAUUUCCGCACCAAUCUUGAGGCCGUUACAGUUGGACCUUCACUACGGGUCCAGUAUUCACCUUCUUCUUUUUUUUUUCCGAAGAAGUCCAGUAUCCAGUUUGUCGGCCCUUGAUUUUCCCCCUGCUCACAAUUUCGAAGCAGCAUAUUCUGAAGUUUUCCAUCCCUAGUCGGUGUGUGCCUCGGCUUCAUUUCCGUCACUUAUCUGUUUGCGAAAAUGCCCCAAAGAAACUCGAGAGGCCAAGAAAAACCAACACCCACUCUGAGAAGAUCACAACGGUUUACUGCCGCUGCUACUGAGAUUUCUGAUAACGAAGUCCACAAAAAUCAGAUUGAAGUUUCAAAAAGCUCCCAAAAAUCCAGUACUAGGCUGCGAAGGUCGUCAAGAUUGAGCAUUGUAAACCUGGAGAAUAAUGGUGUGGUUAAUAGUAUAGAGAGAAGGGUUACACGCAGUUCUACUCGGGACCCACCUGUCAGUAAAGUACUACGCUGUGCUUCCGCUGACAAUUUAGUUGAGAAAAGAAAGGGUGAUUUGAAGAAUGGGCCAAAGAUCCCUAAACAUGCUCAAGAGACUAGUAAAGAAAGUUUAGGCGGCCCAUCAUCUGAAGUUCCGGGUUCUGGAAAGGAUGAUAAUGGCACGGGAAAGAAAGGCACGGGAUUGAAGAGAAAGAGAACUAACCAAGGAAUGGAGGAGAGGAGUAGUGCUAACGGGUGGACCGACAAACAAGAGCUGGCAUUGCAGAAUGCUUAUUUCGCGGCAAAGGCAACGCCUAACUUCUGGAAGAAAGUUGCUAAGAUGGUGCCUGAAAAAUCAGCAAAGGAAUGUUUUGACAAGAUACAUUCGGAUUUCAUGACCCCACCUCAGCCUCAACCACGUUCAAGGAUUAAAAAGAUGAACACGUCAUCACUUUCUCCUUGUGCAACUAAACUGCUCCUGUCUACGGGGAAACCCAUCAAAAAGCUCAGAUAUAGCAAGCCGAAGAGCCAUCUCUCACGGAAGAAAGUGAGACAACUACUGCAAAAGCAAAACGACGUAGAUCGAGAUAAGGAGGCAGACUUCUUCAAUGUUCUUGAAUCAACAGAUCCAACUGCUAGGGCAUUUUGCCAGAAUACAGAAAUUUUCACCCCCGAGCGCAACAAAGAAGGUUUGCAUUAUCUUAGAAAGUGCCUGGAGAGAUCCUCUUCAGCCCAUAAAAAGCACCUUUCCCGAUUAAGUGAUUCAUCAGUAGCAGCUCUUACCAGCCCACCAGUGCUAAAGCCAAUUAAGAACAAGGUGCUACAUGAGAGGUACAUUGAUCAGCUACAUUGCAGGGAGGCAAAGAGAAAAGCAGCCACUUCAAGAUCAGCAAAGGGCCGCCAAAAUAAGAAUGAUCACAAGGAUGAGAGUGUCAGAAAAAUGGAUGUGAUUAAAGUUGCAAAAAAUGCUCUCAUAUCCAAAGCAAGAGAUGCAAUCAACCAGUUUCAGAGUAUACAGAUACAUGCUAUGGACAUCUUCAACGAUGGCGAUGAUGAUCAUGAUGAGAUUCAUAAUUCUGAUGAUGACGCCGAGGAUGUCUGAUGAAAGGUGGACCUUGACAUUUCCACCCCAUGAUGGUGAUCACAUUUGUAUUGUUAACUCGAUUUUCAGUUAGCUAACCCGAACUGUAUCACUUUGAGUUAGGAUUCUGUAAUAAAGCGUAUUGUGUAUAUGUGAAUCUGAGUCUCUUCUUGAAAUUCAGCAAUUCUUUAGUA